UGCGUGAAGACACCUCCGAGGGCCAAGAUGAGAUUCUGGUGGAAAGGGAGGCACAGGGAGAAGGAAAACACCACUGAAAAGCUUGCCCCCCAGUCGGAACUACUGGAGUCGGGUCCGGAUCAAGACCCCGUGGGCAGAGAGAUGGUUUCAGGGCUGCCGCUCGAUGAAGAGCUGGGUCAGCCUCACCUGACUCCCCCGAGGAGCCCCGAGCUGGCUGGCGUCUGUCAACGGGAGUGUAAGGAAAACAAAGAGCCGUCGCCCGAGGUGAAGCGCAAGCGCAGCCUGAAGACUAUGAAUGACCUGGACGGCGAGGAGUGCAAGAAAGACACUCUGAUGGACGUUGUGUUCAAAAAGGCCUUGGAAGAGUUCCGGCAAAGUAUCGUCAGCUUCUACUCUAUCUUGGAGCAAACGGUGAGACUGGAGCAAAGGGAGUGGAGUGAAUCCCCCGUCCGGGUCUGGGUCAACACCUUCCAAGCGUUUUUGGAUGAAUACGUGACGGAAUAG